CGGAGGGCGCCGGCGGCCGCGCACGGCGGUGCACCGCGAGGACCGGACCCGGGCGCCGGAGCAGAAUGGAAGCCAUGCAGAACCUGGUGGAGAGACUGGAGCGCGCUGUCAGCCGGCUGGAGCAGCUGUCUGCGGAGUUACACGGGCCUCCUGGGGACUGUGGGGAAGUUAACGGUGUCCACAGAGGUGUGGCGCCCUCCGUAGAAGCCUUCGAUAAACUGAUGGACAGCGUGGUGGCUGAGUUCUUAAAGAACAGUAGGAUCCUCGCUGGUGAUGUGGACACUCAUGCAGAAAUGGUGCAUGGUGCUUUCCAGGCCCAGCGGACGUUCCUUCUGAUGGCCUCGCAGUACCAACAACCCCAGGAGAACGAGGUAGCUGCCCUACUGAAACCCAUAUCGGAAAAGAUUCAGGAAAUCCAGACGUUCAGGGAGAGAAACCGAGGGAGCAGCAUGUUCAACCAUCUCUCAGCUGUCAGCGAGAGCAUCCCUGCCCUGGGCUGGAUAGCUGUGUCCCCCAAACCUGGUCCUUAUGUCAAGGAGAUGAACGAUGCUGCCACCUUUUACACUAACAGGGUCUUAAAGGACUACAAACACAGCGACUUACGGCAUGUGGACUGGGUGAAGUCCUAUCUGAACAUCUGGAGUGAGCUUCAAGCCUACAUCAAGGAGCACCACACCACGGGUCUCACCUGGAGCAAAACAGGUCCUGUGGCCUCCACGGCAUUGGCACUUUCUGUUCUCUCUUCUGGGCCUGGCCUCCCACCACCGCCUCCUCCACCGCCCCCUCCAGGACCACCUCCACUUUUUGAGAAUGAAGGCAGGAAAGAGGAGUCCUCUCCUUCACGCUCAGCUUUGUUUGCCCAGCUUAACCAGGGAGAAGCCAUCACCAAAGGGCUCCGGCAUGUCACAGACGACCAGAAGACGUACAAGAAUCCCAGCCUGCGGGCCCAAGGACAAGCUCGAUCUCCCGCCAAAUCCCACACUCCGAGUCCUACGUCGCCCAAAUCCUUUUCCCCCCAGAAGCACGCUCCCGUGUUCGAGUUGGAAGGAAAGAAGUGGAGGGUGGAGUACCAAGAGGACAGGAAUGACCUCGUGAUUUCAGAGACCGAACUGAAACAAGUGGCUUACAUCUUCAAAUGUGACAAAUCUACGCUCCAGAUAAACGGGAAAAUAAAUUCCAUUACCAUUGAUAACUGUAAGAAGUUUGGCCUUGUGUUUGACAACGUGGUGGGGAUUGUGGAAGUGAUCAACUCCAAGGACAUUCAGAUCCAGGUAAUGGGGAGAGUGCCAACAAUUUCCAUUAACAAGACAGAAGGUUGCCAUGUGUACCUCAGUGAAGAUGCCUUGGACUGUGAGCUGGUAAGCGCCAAGUCAUCGGAAAUGAAUGUCCUCGUCCCUCAGGAUGGUGAUUAUAGAGAAUUUCCUGUUCCUGAACAGUUCAAGACAGUAUGGGAUGGAUCCAAGUUGGUCACUGAACCUGCAGAAAUUAUGGCCUAAUCUCCAGAGAGCCUGGGCCCCUGACCUUGGCCCCUAUCAAACAAGCAAAAGCAAGCAGCAUUCAAGAGCUCCGGCACCUACUGCUUUAGGUUAAGCCUCCAACAGAUCUGAGCCUUUGUGGGCAUUUUGAGAUAUUUAACAUUUCUUUAUGACUUACCUUUGUGUGUGAUUUUAGUUCCACAUGAUAACUUGUGAGCAAUGCUGAUUGAAAGGAAAAGAAGAAAGAAUUCUCUUCCCCUCGUAUCAUUAACACAAUCACGGAUAGGUAAAAAUACUGCAUGAUUCACUUUUACACUUAGGUUUAAUUGCUAGUAGAAAGAAAACCUUUGAGAAUCAACGUACUUUUUACCUUUUAGACUAUUUCAAUAUGAUGUAGUAGUAGUAGUGUGCCCAGAAAAAUACACGAUUUUUUUCUGAUUCUUACUACAUGUUCAUCUUUCUCAGUGUGGAUACACUGUCAGCAUGAAUACAUAUUUCAGUCCAUGUUUAAAAAAAAAAAAUAAGAAAUCUCCAUGUAAGGACCAAAUUUGGUUUCUUGGUCCCCAGAAGGCCUAUAUCCUGAAUAGUUAGUAAAAAACAAAAGUAAAUUCUAAUUAUUCAUCUUAAGUAUUUUUUAUUCAUGUCAUGUGAAAACUCACUUUUCCGCAUACUCUUAUGCCAAUCUUUUGGCAUAAGAGGAAGCAAUGUUUCUGCUACGUGGUAUCUCACAAUUUUGCUCUGAGAACAGCUCAAUUUUUGUUUUCCAGUUUUGAACCUGUUAAAUAUCAGAUGCCUUGUAAACGGUGUCUUUAGUGUUUUAUUGUAGAAUCAUUUCUUCUUUCCCACUUGCCAGAUGCUAACCAGUCUCAAAAAUGACCAUGAAAAAAGCCAUAGGUGUGUUACUUAUUCUAAAACCUAAGGAAUUAUUUGUUGGUUUGACUUGCUGCUCCUAUUUUGUAGUCUUGAUAGUACCUGCUUUUUAAAAACGAGUAACUAUGAUAUUCCUUUGUAUCUUUUUGGUACGUAGUGCUGAACCACAACUUCUUGGAUCACGUGUGAUAAAGUGUCAUUCUGUGCUUGCAGAAGCAACACGAGCAUAUAUAUUGUGCCUACGAUAGCCUUUGGAACAUCAUUUCCGAUUUUUAAAUAUCUUCUAUAUCCAUAUAGUAUUCAAAUUACUAUUGCUCAUGUACCAAGGUUUUGCUACAAAAAAAGUUUUGUCUGUAUGAAUAUUGUUGUGGCUUUAGUAAAUAUCAUUUUUGAACUGUAAACUUAUUCCAAAAGAGUAAAAUUCUAAUUGUUUAAAUACUGUGAUGAA